AUGAGACCUAUUAUGCUAAAGGGGCACGAGCGUUCGCUCACACAAGUCAAGUUCAACAGAGAGGGUGAUUUGAUCUUUUCCUGUGCCAAAGAUAGCGUUGCGUCCGUUUGGUAUUCAAUCAAUGGCGAAAGACUAGGUACUCUAGAAGGUCACCAAGGUACGAUUUGGUCAAUCGAUGUGGACAAAUACACUCAGUACGCCGUUACGGGAUCGGCUGAUUUCAGUAUCAAGUUGUGGAGAGUGCAGGACGGUACCAACGUCUUUACGUGGAAAACCAAGACCCCCGUGAGAAGAGUUGAAUUUUCACCUGACGGUGAUAGAAUAUUAGCCGUUUUGGACGGUGUGAUGGGGUACCCAGGUAGUGUGACCGUCUAUAAAAUCGAGAGAGACUCUGCGACCGGCGAGGUUCUAAAUAUCGAAGAAGAACCAGUUUUCGACAUUUUGACCCGCGAGGGCUUUGACAUUGCGUCGGUGGCGAGCUGGAGUUUCGGAGGGAAUUUUAUCGCCGUUGGGCACAAGGACGGUAAAGUCAGCAAGUACGAGGGGAACACUGGUGAAUACCUUGACUCGCUUGAAUUGCACACGCAAAAUGUCAGCGACAUCCAGUUUUCGCCUGACGGGACAUACUUUAUCACCUCUUCGAGAGAUAGCGUAUCGAACUUGGUCGACGUGGUGACGUUCGACGUGCUCAAGACCUAUGAGGCUGACUGCCCUUUGAACAGCGCUUGCAUCACUCCCCUAAAACAGUUUGUCAUUCUAGGUGGUGGUCAAGACGCCAAAGAUGUGACAACGACGAGUUCGCGUGAGGGUAAGUUCGAGGCUCGUUUUUACCACAAGAUAUUCCAGGACGAAAUUGGCAGAGUCAAGGGCCAUUUUGGUCCUUUGAACUACGUUGCUGUUUCGCCGCAAGGAACUUCUUACGCAUCCGGUGGUGAAGAUGGUUUCGUUCGUUUGCAUCAUUUCGACAAAAGCUACUUCGACUUCAAGUACGACGUCGAGAAGAGCGCCGAGGCUCAAAAGCUCAUGCAGGCCCAGGGGAGCGCGGCCAGCUGA